CGUUAGGUAUGCGCGGGUUUAUAGGUAUCCAUGGGUCCGUUUACAAAGAUGUAAUUUCACUAAUUUUCACUUCUAUUGUCUAUUACAUACACACUAACUCACGAACAUUUUUUUUUCCGUUGAAUAACUCACGAACAUUUGUACUAAAUGUUUAGUAUUAAGGAUAAACAUCCACAAACAAUAUGAUUAAUUAGUUUAGAAAUUAUAGUUAAUUAGUUAAGUGUUCCGUGGGUCGUGGGGCAUGGGGCAUGAACUUGGGUGCGGAUAUCCACGGGUUGGAUAUGGCUAAACCCAAACCUAACCCGUAAAACGUAUAGUGGGUUUAAAUCCGAAUACGACCCACAAUCCGUCAAAGCAGGUUUUACCCGCGUUGAACGGGUUGGGUCCAAAUAACUCAUUACAAUCAUCCAUCCGAACGACCCUUUAUAGUAAAUGUUAGUCAAUUCACCUAAUGGCAAGUUGGAAAUUUACUUUGUUGAUUAAUUACAACCCAAAUGCACCCACCCGCCACCUACUCAAUCCAAUAAAAAAAAUGUGAAUGAAUAACAAGUCACAAUUGUACCGACUUGUUAGGUAAGGCCAUCUCCAACAAGGAAGGGAAGUGCUAAAAUCUAGCUCUUUCCUCCCUCUAACAACCAACCAAAAGAGCCAAAAAGCCAAAAAAGCAAUAAAUUGGGGUUGUUUUAGCCCAGUCCACGACAAAAAAAGGCAAAACCCGAACCCCUCUCUUUCUUCCCAUUAGACGUGACGGGGAGGCGAAGUAAUCUCCAGUUGCGCACGGGGAUGCUUCUGAUUGGCGCUUGUGACGGAUGCGUGGCCCGCGCUGAUGAUAUGCAUUUCUCCCCGUUGAAUAAAAAAAUUAUGGAUAAAUACAAUAUAUUAGCCACAACUAUUUAGAAGCGGUAAAUUAUAGUCACAACUAUCGAAAUACAAAUUAAACACCAUUACUAUUGUUGCGGGUCAAGAUGUGGCUAACAGUCUGUUACCGUCUUUAAUUUUGUAACGAAGACUGCCACAUCAGCAGCCAUGUCUUCUUCCACGUCAUAUUACUUUUGACUUAUAAUUUUAAAACAAAAAAAACCCAUCGCCUCAUCUUUUUCUCUCCUUCCUCUUAUUCCUCAACAAAGAUAAUCUGCUAGAAGUCUCUCCUCCUCCACCGCCGCCACAUCAUCCUCCUCCACCACUCGCCUUCUAAUCUCUUCUUCCAAUUCUUCCACCGACGCCGACGCUGUAAUCAUAUCCUUCCACCGUGCAGCCUCUCCCCAGUGCGGAUCCCCUUCUCCUCCUUCGUCAAUUCCCCUUCCGCUGUCGUCGCUCUUUCUCACUAUCGAUCAACCAAGCAAAUCAAUCGAUGAAUCCAAAGAUGGGAGAAGAGAGAUGUGAGGCAGUUUGCGGCGAUGACCGAAAGAAAUUCCCAGAUCUGGGCGGGUGACGACGGGGCCCUAUCCCUGCCACCAAAGCUGCCGGCAGCGAGUGAGGAUUUGAGACUUUUCCCCUCCCUUCUCCUCAGCAACUCCAAUCUCGUGCCUCUUCUCAACUGAACCCAAUUUCCCUUCCUGCAUGCACAUCAUACCCGUAACCCACCUCCUCGUUCUUGGUCGGAGGGGGCUUCUUCUUGAAGAUCUGGUUUGGAAAGAGCUAGGUGUGUAUGACGAGGAGAAAGGCCACUAAAAAAACGAAGAAAUUUGUGAUAGAUUGCAUUACUUGAAUGCUUUGUGUGUGGGUUUGAUCUAGGUAAAGGGAACCCCCUUUUGUUAGGAGGCUUUGAGAAGUUGAAUUCUUGGUCAAUUGAGCCACCUACCUAGGACGAAUUAGGGCAAACCUCAACCUUCGAUUAAACACUUUAACUUGGGUGUUACUUUGAUGUCCGGAUUAAGUUAUGAGGGAUUGGUUCUUGCAACCCUUAGAUAGUUGGUCAAGAUAGCUAUGACUCCUAGCUUAUUGUUGCAAUCCUUACAAGAAAGGUUAAGAGAGCUAGACUUCCUAGUUUAUUGUCGCAAUCCUUAAUCAAUUGAUUGAGAGAGCUAGGGAUCCUAGCUUAAAAGUUUUCCUUAACCGGUUGAUUAAGAGAGUGAGCUUUCAUUCACUUAUUGCGCCCUCCUAACGGUGCAUGAACACACCUUCACAUAUUUGCAUUCGAUUUGGUCGAUCUUGAUAUGAGGUUAGGCAGAGCGAUACCCGGGUGAAUUCUUCUCUCAUUGGGACAACCUCUAUUUACUUUGUUUGUUUGUUUGUUUAUUUUGUAGUUUUCUUAGCUUUUAAAACCCAAAGCGCUUGAAGUAGGGGUACAUGGACUGACACAGGUUGACAUUUUAAAUACUAUCCCUAUAUUGCACUCGGCUAGAGUCUAAAAAAUUAAGCUCUAGUCGGGUAAUUCACGGUAUAAUUCAUGGGGAGUCAAGUUCUUGGCGCCGUUUCCAGGGAACAACGGUCCAUUAUUUUGAAAAAGUCUCUUAGUGUUACUCUAGCAUUUUCUAUCUUGUCUUUUGUUGCGUUUUGUGUUUUAUCGUUUUGUAUUUGUUGAUCCACUCUUCGCUUGAAGGGUGGUUUGUGUGUGUUUGAUUUUCCUUUUUUAGUGUUUGUAGGUAUGAGACAUGGAUCCUUAUGAUUUCACCCAACUAUGGGGGUAUCCACCACCCACCGAGAGUAGUUACCGCGGAACUUUAUGGGAUGAAGAAAAUGGGGGAAGUAAAGGAUCUGGGUUCUACUACCAACCUACUUUCCAAGAAGAGAAACCAUAUCAAGAAGGUUUCCCUCCACAACUCAAGGUGAAAUCCAUGUUGGAGUUGGCUAUGGAGGCUUUCAUGGGACAAACCUCAAGACCAUAUGCCACUCCACAAUCGGAUCCAAGAAGCGAAUUGGAACUCUUGGUGGAGCGGUUUGCCCGGGGUUCCGAGGGAAAUGCUUCUACUGUAGAACAACCUUGCUACACUCCACAAGAACUGAAGAGCCAAUUGGAGCUCUUGGUGGAGCGGUUCACCCGGGAUACUGAAGCAUGCUCCAAUGUGGAAACCACCACCCCUAUCAACUCCUCCUUCCUACAAGCAUCGGAUGAGAUCCUCCGAAACUCGGAGAGGCUAGGAACAAUUGUUGAGCACGCAUGUGCACAACUUGCUCACAAUCACUUCUUGCCAUUUUAAAAAGAAGAGAAAGUCGAAGAGGCGAUCCAUGAGGAAUUUGGGGAGCAAGAAGAACUCAUCUUGGAGAGCUCCCGAGAUGAUGUUGAGCAAUCAAGUUUUUUGGUGGUAGACCACAUGUUUCUGUCUUCGUCUUCGAUCUUUAAAGAGUUGUACACAAAGUGUAACAUCCCAAACCCUUUUUCGACGAAGAUAUUGUCCGCUUUGGGCCGAGACCCUCACGGAUUUUGACUUGUGGUGCAAUUCAAAGUGACUUCCCAUAAAUAAAUAGGGAAAACAUAGGUAAUACAUAUGGGAACACACA